UCCGCAUAACUUUAAGCUCUCAAGAAAUAAUGGCUUCAAAUUACUGUUCCGCAACUGCCUCUUCUAUGUUUUUACUCUUCUUCUUGUUCAACUCUUCUUCUAUGGCAGCUUUGGUACAGCAACAGCCCCUUUUAUUGAAAUACCACAACGGUGACUUGUUAAAAGGCCCCAUCACCGUUAAUCUAAUUUGGUACGGAAGGUUCACUCCAAUCCAACGCUCCAUAAUCGUUGAUUUUCUGCAAUCUCUAAACUCUCUCAAAGCACCAAUACCCUCCGUUUCUUCCUGGUGGAAGACUACCGAGAAAUACAAGGGAGGUGGUUCAUCUACACUCGUCGUAGGAAAACAAAUCCUUGACGAAAAUCACUCUCUUGGAAAAUUCCUCAAGAAUUCCCAAUUAAUUUACUUGGCAUCCAAAGGUGGGCACUUAAGAGGGUCGAUUAACGUUGUUUUGACGGCAAAAGAUGUCGCCGUUAAUGGUUUUUGUAUGAAUAGAUGUGGUAGCCACGGGUCAACCCGGGGCCCGGCUCGGUUUGCCUAUGCUUGGGUGGGAAACGCGGAGGUUCAGUGCCCGGGUUACUGUGCCUGGCCCUUCCACCAGCCCGUUUACGGCCCGCAGUCACCACCUUUAGUGGCGCCUAACGGUGACGUUGGAGUUGACGGGAUGGUCAUCAACCUGGCCACGGUUUUGGCGGGAACAGUGACGAACCCGUUUAACAACGGGUAUUUUCAGGGACCGGCCACGGCACCGUUGGAGGCCGUUACUGCUUGCACAGGCGUGUUCGGGUCGGGCGCGUACCCGGGUUAUGCAGGUAACUUGUUGACGGAUAAGAUCACUGGAGCCAGUUACAAUGCGCACGGGGUGAACGGCCGUAAGUUCCUGGUCCCGGCGAUGUGGGACCCGCAAACAUCUAAGUGUUCGCCGCUCGUCUGAUUUGGAUACCGGAGAAAUAGAGAAAAUUACCCAGUGUUGAUACAUGUACAUAUGUAAAUAGACGUUUGGAGAAAGGGAAUGGGCUUGGAAUCUUUGAAGUGAGGAGGAUGAGGAGGCGUGGGGUGGGGUGGGGUAUGGGGUGUCGUUUUGUAUAAUAUGUAACAAUAAAGUUAUUUGUAUAUUCGGAGUUGACACUCCAAAUGACACUUUCCUAAUAAGAGGAGGGGCUCAACACAAUAAAAUAAUUGCGGACUUUCCUCUUGUGAGGAAAGUGUUAUUCGGGGUUGACAUUUCGAAUAUACAAAUAGCGAUGUCCUAAACCCACUUUUUCGCACGGAACAAAUGUGAGACAAUGCAACUUAGCAAAUCUGAAAAUGAUAAAGGGGGUAAUUUUGAAAAAGUA